AUGAUGGAAAAGCAAAGCCCAGAAAUGUUAGUAGAAAAUCGAUACGACGACAAAAUCAACGAAGCGUUAACGUUUGCACUUCGAAGGAAGGUAGUCUUUGCACAGCUCCAACCGACAUUUACAUUCCCGAAGAAGUCAGAACCACGUACAGGCCGGGAACGAAUGGCCACCACAUCGAUUUGGGGGCGCAAUGACAAGUGCGAAGGAGGCGAGCGCAGCUCUUACAUGGACGAAAACGUAUUCCGUUCAUGUAAGUGA